UGUUUUGAUCUACCACAAUCAUCAAAAGUAGAUUUGCUUCUAAAAUUCUCUUGCAGCCUUACAUUCAUUGAUCUAAGCUACAACAGCUUAAACAGUAUUCCUCUUGGUCUCAAUCAGCUACCUAAUCUGCAAUACUUGAACCUGUAUGGCAAUGGAAAUCUUACUGGCAAUUGCUCUCAACAAUUGAGGGAAGGUUGGAAAAAGAUAGAGGUCCUCAUUGUGGCUUCAAAUAACUUUCAUGGUAGCAUUCCUGAGUCCAUUGGAAGCUUCUGCAACCUAAAAUAUUUGGACUUAGGCCAUAAUAACUUGACAGGAAGUUUACCUCAAUUUCUGGAAGGAAUGGAAAACUGCAGCUCUAAAAGUUAUUUGCCUUACUUGACUAAUUUGAUCCUGCCCAACAAUCAAUUUGUUGGCAAAUUAGCAGAAUGGUUGGGACUGCUUGAAAAUCUCGUGGAACUAGACCUGUCAUCUAACAAGUUUGAAGGCCUUAUGCCUGCUUCUUUAGGGGCAUUGUCAAAUCUUGAGAGCCUCAAACUAAACAAUAACAGCCUUCAAGGUCCCAUCCCUGCAACUUUAGGGUCAUUGCAACACUUGUCAGAUAUGUGGCUUGGAACUAACCAACUGAAUGGGACUCUCCCAGAUAGUUUUGGACAGCUUUCUGAAUUACUUUACCUGGAAGUUUCUUUCAAUAGUUUGACAGGGAUUCUCUCUGCAGAGCAUUUCUCAAAGCUAAGUAAGUUGAAACAUCUGCACAUGCAGUCCAAUUCAGGUUUCAAUUUGAAUGUGAAUUCCAGUUGGGUCCCCCCUUUCCAGAUCUGGGACCUUGCUUUUGGUUCAUGCAGUUUAGGUCCUUCUUUUCCAGCUUGGCUUCAGUCCCAAAAGGAGCUUGUGUCUCUUGAUUUCUCAAACACUAGCAUUUCAAGUCCCAUACCAAACUGGUUUUGGAAUCUUUCUUCUAAUUUAGAUUUCUUAAAUCUUUCUCUCAAUCACUUGCAUGGCCAAUUACCAAAUCCAUUAAAUGUUUCUCAAGAUGCAUUGAUUGAUUUCAGCUCCAACCUCUUUGAAGGACCUAUUCCUCUUCCAACCAAAACUAUUGAAUCACUAGAUUUCUCCAACAAUAAAUUUUCUGGUCAUAUCCCACCGAGCAUAGGUGAAUCCAUUCCAAGCUUGAGGGUCCUUUCUCUUUCGGGUUGCAUUUGAGUGGAAUUUCG